UUUGCUCGUCUCGUGUCAACCCGACCAACAGACUUUAUUGACGUGCGUGACAGUCCCGCAACGAACACGGGCAUGCGAAUUGGUACGAAUUGCUUUCAAAUGCUUCCACCGUUCAUCAUUCUGAUCGUUGGGCUGUGUCACACGCGGCUUGCUUCGAAUGGUGACCAGUGAUUCCUUCAUGUUCUAUCACUCCAAGCGAAUCAAUAUCAAUCUGAUUGAUGAUGUGGUGAUGACAUUCAAUCAAGAGACGACUGCUGAUAGCCCAAGACAUCUAUCAACAGCCAAAUGCCUGCUAACAUUCACAAACGAGCAUCAACCAAACAUCACACGACCUUUCGACCAUCAAAACACAAAUGUCGGCAAUCAAUCAAUCGUCACCAGCGGACGACGGUUCGACGCCUUUCUCCCUUUCUUCAUGAUCCGUGCCAGAGUCGUGCUUAUCAACGGUGCACGUUCUCGAUGUGGUUCUUCGAACGUAAGCGGUUCGUCGUCGUCCAUGUCCUGUCGGACGGAAUUCCAGACUUCCCGGGAGGAGCGGCGGAGAGUGACGACGAGGAGGAAGAGGAAGGCGACGAGGGUGAAGAGGAGCAGGGCGAAGCUGAGGAUUGCGAUGGGGUCGUGGAGUGCGUUGUAGUUUGAUGAGGAUGCGGGUUGUUGGGUUGAUUGUUGAGGUAUCGGUGGGGACAUGCUGGCGUGUAGGUGGUGGUGGGAGGUUGUGUUGCGCGGGUGUUUGGAUGGUGUUGAAUAUGAAGAGCGUACGAUUCCAGCUGAGCUGGUUGAAGGAGAUAUAGGAAAUGCAUGAAAGAG